AGCCCGUGUUUGCAAAUAUUUCUAAAAAAAAUCUCUCCAACUUUUGCCUGUAUUGAUGGUAUUACUCGAGUAAUUUUUUAUUAUGUUUUUCUUCAAUAAAAGGUGAAUAUACUUCAACACAUGUUACUUAUCAUUUAGAAAUAUAAUUAUCUGAACUAAAAAACCAUCAACGUAAAAUGAAUUUACAAAUCAAAGUAAAAGAAGAAUGAUUGCAAAACCCGAAGAACAUGUCAAAUCACGCCUGAUCCUUGGUGAAGCUGAUCAAGGGUAUGGCAGGAUUUUAUCUCGAAUCAUUCCGCUUCUGUGAUUGGAACAUGGCAGAUCGUGACUUUUUGCUCUUCAGUGGCUUCGCAUUUACGUUGUUCUCCCUCGUUAACACAUCAAACUUAUCCCAAGUAUGCGGAAAAGUGGAUGUGAGGAAUUGGAAUAACGCCAAGAUCGUUAAUGGGUUACCCACAGAACCGCACCAAUUUCCAUGGCACGUUGGUGUGCGAUCCUUGAGCCUGAAAACAGUCUAUUGUGGAGGGGUUUUGCUUUCUAAGGAGUGGAUUCUAAGUGCCGCCCAUUGUUUUAAUACCUUGUCAGCCGAUGACAUCGAUAUUCUUUUGGGCAAACAAGACUUGACCAAACACGAGCCGGGUGAACGAAAGAGAAGUGUGUCCGAAAUCAUUCGCCAUCCUAAAUUCAAUCCUUUUGCCAUGCACAAUGACUUUGCUCUCCUCAAAUUAAAAAAAUCGGUAAUCUUUUCCGAGACCAUUGCUCCUAUUUGUUUGCCGUGCGAUAGGUUUGAGACCCAUGAAGGUGCAGAGGUCUGGGUGGCAGGGUGGGGUUCUUCAGGGCCUAAUACGAACACCAUGGCACACAUCCUUCAAAAAACCAACCUGACCGUGUUGAGCGACGGACAAUGUCGAGAUCACUUCGGUCGAAUUCCAAGGGGAGCCUUGUGCGCCAUUGGGAAGCACGGUCAAGACGCUUGUGCUGGGGAUAGUGGAGGCCCUUUGAUGUACUACAAUAUGGAUCGAGAACAAUUUGAGGUGAUUGGUGUGGUCUCAUGGGGCAUUGGGUGCGGCCAUUUUGGGGUGCCAGGAGUGUACGGUCGAGUUACUUCAGCGUUCAAUUUCUUUCACAAUUCUUUAUGGACUUGGAACAAUGAAACAAAAUGCGCUAGAGCAUGAAGAGUGGUUCAAACACGAAAGUAAUGUCCUUUUGAUAUCAGAACAAAAGAAGGGUAUCAUUGACUAAAUAUAUAGAUAAUAAAGAUGAAUAC